UUAUCUCCUUCAUCAUCAUAGUUUGGCGAGUUGGUGUUGACUGGACUGGCCAAACUGUGCUUGUGAAGAAAAGAAAUAAGGAUUGCAUUUGACUUUGAUUUAAGUUAAAGCCAAAUGUAUUUUGAAUCUGGGUCUACACUUUUCCUCCACAUAACAUUAUUUCAUAUGAGAGAAGAAAAACAGGCUCUAUAAAACAUUUAAGGCAUAAAGCAUUUAACAAAUAAAACAGUUAACAAAUAAAACAGCUAAAACAUGGAUACUCAAAUCUGGACCUCAAAUCCGAAUCCUGUCCUGGUUUUCUUUCCCCCCAAGCAAUUAACUAAACAAUUAGCGCUACUAAUUGGCCAGACUGUAUUCACACCUGACUCCCAGGAAAGGGAGGGUGGAAAACCAGGUCUCGGACCCCAAGCGCCGUGAUUUGAGUACCAGGGAGCAAAAACAUACAAGGCAAAGAGGUGAGUCCAAAAUGUAGUUAUUAGAGCAUCCAGCAAUCUGGCAGAAUAAACUGACCUGCUUGAUCUUUAGGUACUCGCACAGCAAAGCAAGCAAAUUCAGUCACAGACCUUUGUCAGACCCAAGCUCAACGUUCCUCUCCAGUGAAUAUGUUUAAAUAGAGACAAUGUCAGUGCAGCAUUUUAUACUGAGUUCCCAGAACAUGCGCGUGGUAAGGGGGGCGUGGUUUGUGCGUUGGCUGCAGAGAGAGAGUGGACGGGGCGGCUCUCGGACUGUAUGCCACAACUGUUAAGGAUUGCUAAUCAGCACCGCUCUUUAAAUGUAAUUGUUUAACAAUGUGCUGAUUACCUUGACAGUGAGCCUGGGUGCUUAAAAGGUGUUCUCGGAGACAGACGGGGGCUGGUGACGGAGGACGUGCUGCACGGAGGAAGUGGUGUAUAGAGAAAAACCCUUGUUAAAUAAAUUGUUGGAAAAGCCGGGUGUUCGGCUAAAAAUAAAAAGACGUGCACCAUACGAACUCGUCUCUCUCUCUUUAUAUCCUGAGCGGUGGCACUCACCUCGCCACAGUGGUGGCCCGUGCGGGGGAGCAACUGGUAUCGGAAGAAAGAGAGACAGCCACGCGAAGUAAAAAAAAAAAAAAAAACUCCGGGAUGGAUCCCAACCUGAACCGGAGAGAGGUGGGGCAGCCUCUCAUAGCGCUGUCGCGGAUGCUGGAGGGGAUGGCUCAAAUGCAGGAAAGGCAGGCGGUGGUGCACGCUGAGCAGGUGGAGGUGCUGCAUGCACAAGCCUUCCUCCAGACGCAGGCGCUGUGACAGCUGGCCACCGCCGGCGAAGCCAGCUCCCGGGACCACCAGUCCCGUCCUCAGCUCCGGAUCCAUCACCCAAAAAUGACUGCCGAGGAUGAUGUCCAGGCGUUCAUUGAGAGCUUUGAGGUGGCAGCGGAGGCGUGCCAGUGGCCCUUGGAGGAGUGGGUGGUAUGUCUCCAGCCCCUCUUAACGGGCGAAGCUCAACUGGCGGCGCAUGGGCUGCCGCCCGGUGCCCGGGCAGAUGACAACUCAGUGAAGAGGGCGGUUCUGGACCAGCUUGGCUGCAGCUCAGAAGAUCAGCGGCGCCGGUUCCGGGAGGCAAACCUGAGUGCAGGAGACCGACCCUUCGCCUACGCGCAACGCCUGACGGACAUGGCCCGGUGUUGGCUGCAGCCGGAGAUCCAGUCUGCAGGGGGUGUCGUCGAGCAGGUGGUCCUAGAGCAGUUCGUGCAUGGGCUGCCGGAGGGGACAGCCAACUGGGUUCGGUGCCAUCGACCAACUAAUUUAGACGGGGCCGUCACUCUGGCGGAGGACCACCUGGCGCUCUACCCAGGCUCCCAGCAGCAAGAGCGGCCGGAACCAGCACCCAGGAGGAGACCCCCUCCUCGUGCUGGGCCUAAUCCUUUUCCCCGUGCCACGCCCCCUCUCCUCCCUUGACCUAAUCUCCCCUCUACUUCUUUUCCAUCUCCAGACACAGGCUCAGAGGCGGGGGGCUCCACCUCGCAGAGGGCUCCUCAGGCGCUCGGACCGGGGUGUUGGCGGUGCGGACAGCCGGGUCAUCUGUGCCGCGACUGUCCUAUCAUGGAAGUGGGGCAGCUGGUCCGGGUGGUCGGGCCGCCCACUUCUGCUCCCGAUCCGGAGGGAGCGUACUGCAUCCCGGUAAGGGUGCAAGGGAGUGAACACCGGGCGCUGUUAGACUCAGGGGCUAUGCAGUCCAUGAUACAGCAAAGCCUGGUUCGAACCGAGGCAUGGGUAAAGGCAUCCUGGGUUUCCGUUCGGUGUGUGCAUGGGGAUGUGCACGAGUAUCCUGUGGUGGCCGUGAAAAUUUGUUACUAGGGAAAAUCGCAUAUUCUGAAGGCUGCGGUUAGCUCCCGGCUCUCGCACUCCCUAAUUUUGGGCACUGAUUGGGCGGGGUUUCGACAGAUUUCUAGGGACCUGUUUGGGGUGCGAUCACGACAGAUAGGGACGUGUGACGUCUGUGCUGU